GGAAUAUGCAGCAGGGGAAUUGGCGUUCCCACAAUCGCUACUGGCAAUAUAGCUAGUUCUUAGACUGCCUAACUUUAUUUGUCCCUUUUGCUUGGGUCGUAACGCACGAAGCUUUACCAGUCAGCAGCCGUUACUCUAAAAAGCAAUCGUCCCGUCUGCCAAGGCACUCGGUGCGGCAUGGAGUCAGGUCCGGCUUUAACGUCUGGGACAAACCUCCAGAUAACUCCGGGCUCCGCUCAUCAAGGACAGCCUCGCAACAGAAUUCGUUUCUCUUGUACCAAAUGUAGAGAGAAAAAGUUGAAAUGCAACCGCGAAACGCCCUGCGACCAGUGCACAAAGCGAAAUAUUGGGGAAACAUGCGUUUAUGUCCCCUAUGCCCGAUCAAAAGCCGGUCUAGACACUCCAAGUGCAGCAAAAUCGUCUACAUCACAACCAACACAUCAGACAUCUCACCACCCUGAUCAGGCCGGUCAAGCCGGAAAUGCCGGAGCUGGAAACUCCGGGGUUGGAACCAAUGCUGCCCUUUUGUCUAGACUACGACACUUGGAGCGACUGGUUCAUGUCCUGAAGGCAAAAAGUUCCAGCGAUGUGAACCAGUCGGGUUCAAAUCAACCCGUCUUAGUCGAGAAACCGAAUUCCGAUGAGGAAUCGUCGGGCGAAGAUGGAACUCCGGGAGCUGGGCCCAUAUUUGGCCAAAGCCGUUACGUGGAGUUUGGUAACUGGGAAGCCAUUCUCGAUGAAAUUACCGAACUCACAGGAGACUUGCGGGUCUCUGAUGAUAAUGUCCAGUUACCUCGCACAUAUGUGGGUGCACCUGUGCCCUCUGGCUUCGCAGAAGGCCCAGUCCUUCUCAUGGGCGCCUGGCCUCGCGCCUCAUACUCUGACUUACUGUCCUGUUUGCCCGCCCGAAAUGUGGUGGAUCAACUCACUAGCCAUUUCUUCCAGGCUAAAGAGCCAGCAUGGAUGAUGUUUCAUAUCCCUGCUUUCUUGAGGCAAUAUGAUGAGUUCUGGAAAUCUCCAGAGCAAUUUACUUUCUCAUGGCUGGCUCUCUUGUUUACUAUGAUGAGCCAUGGGACCUUAUUCUGUCUUCUUGGUGACAUCGAGGCCCCCGAGAACCUAGGCGAUCCUCUAGAGAUUGUUGACAAGUAUCGUUCCCUGGCGGCACACUGCCUCGUCCUCGAUGACUACACAAAGCCUGAUAAGUACAAACUCGAGGCUUUGCUUCUCUAUACGGGCAUCGAGCACUUUAAGCAGCCCGAUGCCCGGCGUGGCACUUCCAUGGUUUCUACUAUUGCCUGCCGCCUCGCUAUUCAUAUGGGUCUGCAUCGGGAUCCUAAGCACUUCAAGGGCAUGUCGGCUUUCGAAGGAGAAAUGAGACGCAGGAUGUGGAUUAUUGUGACCGAAGUUGAUCGCCACGUUUCAUACCAGUUCGGCCUCCCUUGCAAUAUUCAAGCGCGGUUGUGUGACACGGAGCCACCGCGUAACCUUCACGAUGAAGAUUUCAACGAGUCCACCAUCGAGCUGCCUCCAUCCCGCCCAGAAACCGAGCAGACCCGUACUCUAUACAGCAUAGUGAAGGCACGACUGCUCGCAAUCUUCGCCGAGAUAUUUGAAACAUCGCACCUGCUACCGCGGUACUCGCAGAUUUUGGAGCUGGACAGGAGAUUGGAAGAAGUGCACGAUUCCAUGCCGGUGAUUUUUGCAAUGCGCUCCUUCCGACAGAGCAUAGGUGACUCGAUCUACUUGGCUAUGCAGCGAUACUGGCUUGACCUAGUCUACCAAAAAGCGCGAUGCGUCUUGCACCGGCGUGUCAACCGGUUCCCCAAAUCACGCUGGGCCUGCGUAGAUGCGGCCGUCAGAAUCAUGCGCCAUCAAUACGACGUCCAUGUCGAGAUGCAGCCAGGAGGCCGCCUCGCCCGCGAGCGUCUCUUCAUAUCGAGCCUGUACACGCACGACUUCCUUCUUGCCAACAUGAUUCUUUGCGCCGAGUUAUCACACGUCAUGAAGGCCGACUCGGAACCCCCUUACACGCCUGAGGGCUCCACGGGGUCUGCCGACGACAGAGACAGAAGAAGAUCUCGCUCGGCACCAUGUAUGCCAAAGGAGGAUCUGUUGGAGAUCCUUCGCACGUCCCGAGACGUGUGGCAGACCACCCGCCACGAAUCCUCAGAGGCCGAUCGCGCGUUCAAGAUCAUUUCCCGCAUGUUGACAGUUGCCACCGGGACCUUAUUCGGGUCCAGCCCGGACUCGACUGGCAGUGACGCCCGCGAAGCCGGGGAGAGGCUCAAGAGCGAGCCACCGACAUGUCCUCCAAGGUUUGACGAGGAUUUCUACGGCACGCCCGGUGCCCUUGGUCAGCAUGCUGGACAUCUUGAACCGGAUAGCGUGAUUCGGGACGAAAGAGGUCUGGAUCCUCUGGGCGGCGUUCUCCCGCCACAGCAAUGGGGUCCACACCGCCUCGCAACUGACUAUGUCAGAGAUUGGGCGGUACCAGCACAGCUUGGAGCCACGAUACAACACGAUUUCGAAGGGAUACUGUAUCCGGGUGCUGAUAUGAAUUGGGCCAACUGGGACAAUAAUUUGCAAAACAAAAGUCCAGACGCAUCUCAGAUGCAUUGGAAUAGUUUUCACCCUAGCAAUCAGUAAUGAUUAUUCAACCACCGACGUUAUGCAGACUCUAUGGUAAUUCCUCCCCUGUUCUGG